UCCGGGUCGACGGAGAGUUCGCCUGAGCUGCACAGAGCCCGGACUGUCUGCAAAGGAGGGCUGCUGUCUGUCCUGUUGAGCUCCUCCUGCAGUGCGAGUGUCAGGUGUGUGUGUGUGCGCACCAUGGCGAGCCUCCUACGUGUUGUGGCAGCCAGCUGCUCAGCCCCUUUGUUCAGCGGGGUUUCCUGUGUGAAGCUGCAGAGUGGAAGCGUCGUCAGAUCAUCAUGCGUGCGGUUUUUCAGGACUCAUCAAGCUCUCGGGCGAUGUGCAAGUCCAGGUAUUCCAUACAAACAACUCACAGUCGGUGUUCCCAAAGAAAUUUUCCAGAAUGAGCGUCGCGUGGCGCUGUCUCCCGCCGGCGUCCAGGCGCUCAUCAAACAGGGCUUCAAUGUCGUCGUGGAGUCUGGAGCCGGAGAGCCUUCCAAGUUCCCUGAUGAGCAGUACACCCAGGCUGGAGCAACAAUUAAAGACCUGAAAGAUGUCUUGGCGUCUGAUGUGGUGGUUAAGGUCCGUGCUCCCAUUUUCAACCCUGCUGUGGGUGUCCAUGAGGUGGAGAUGAUGAAGGACGCAGCUACUUUAAUCAGCUUCAUCUACCCAGCUCAGAACCCUGAGCUGAUGGACAUGUUGUCCCAGAAGAAGGCAACCGUCGUGGCGAUGGAUCAGGUGCCCAGAGUCACCAUCGCUCAGGGUUACGACGCGCUGAGCUCCAUGGCAAACAUCGCAGGGUACAAGGCAGUUGUGCUGGCAGCUAACAGCUUUGGACGGUUUUUCACUGGACAAAUCACAGCAGCUGGUAAAGUGCCACCUGCAAAGGUGCUGAUCAUCGGAGGAGGUGUGGCUGGUUUGGCAGCAGCUGGCAGUGCCAGGGCCAUGGGAGCCAUCGUCAGAGGAUUUGAUACCAGAGCUGCAGCUUUGGAGCAGUUCAAAUCUCUGGGCGCAGAACCCCUGGAGGUGGAGUUGAAGGAGUCAGGAGAAGGACAGGGAGGCUACGCCAAGGAAAUGUCCAAGGAGUUCAUCGAGGAGGAGAUGAAGCUGUUUGCCAGGCAGUGUCAGGAGGUGGACAUUGUCAUCAGCACUGCUCUCAUCCCUGGUAAGCGGGCGCCCAUCCUAAUCACCAAGCCGAUGGUAGAGAGCAUGAAGGAUGGGUCGGUGGUGGUGGACUUGGCUGCAGAGGCUGGUGGAAACAUUGAGACCACAGUACCUGGAGAGCUGUCAGUAUACAAGGGAGUGACCCAUAUUGGUUUCACGGACCUGCCCAGCCGUUUACCAACACAGUCCAGCACUCUGUACUCAAACAACAUCACCAAGCUGAUGCGGGCAAUCAGCCCCGACAAGGACAACUUUUACCUCGAUGUCAAGGAGGCGUUUGACUACGGAACCAUGGAUCACGUUGUCAGAGGCUCUACUGUUAUGCAGAAUGGAAAGAACCUGUUCCCUGCUCCUCAGCCCAACAACGUGCCCGUCGCAGCUCCCCCUAAACCCAAGUCUGUGCAGGAACUGGAGGCAGAGAAAGCCUCACAGGUCUCCCCCUUCAAGGCUACACUCACUACAGCUGGCGCGUACACUGGAGGCGUUGCCACCCUGCUGAGUCUGGGCCUGUCGGCUCCCAACGCCGCCUUCACUCAGAUGGUCACCACCUUUGGUCUGGCCACCAUCGUGGGAUACCACACAGUGUGGGGAGUCACUCCUGCUCUGCACUCUCCGCUCAUGUCUGUCACCAACGCCAUCUCAGGUCUGACAGCUGUGGGUGGUCUGUCCCUGAUGGGAGGCGGCUACACCCCGAGUUCUUCUGCUGAGACACUGGCUGUGCUCGCCGCCUUCAUCUCUUCGGUCAACAUUGCCGGUGAGUCACGCGAACACAGACACCUCACAGCGAUCCCCGCUGCCAGUCACAGCGAUCCCCGAGCCAACAAAAUAUCAACUUCGGCUGAAGAUUGA